AUAUAUAUAUAUAUAUACAUAAUACAUGCAUACAUGUUUCUAUGUGUGUACUAGUAAAACAUCAGCAUUUGAAUAUAACAAUAGACUCUACCCAAACACGCCCCCCUCCAACAACUAUAUGUUUUCUAUACACAUACGUACGGCAGUCUUCACAGAUAUAAAUAUAAACGCAUGCAUGUUGAUGCAAUACUGUAAACAUACACGCUUGUAUUAGUCCAUAUAUCUUCACUUGCUCAGACAUAACAUUUAUACACGCAUAAAUGCGUUUAUAGACGAAUACAGUUGCAUUAUUUUACAAAUUUUUAUACAAUCUCACAUAAUCAUAAAUAUGCACGCAAUUUUCAAACAUACAUAAAUAAACACACGUAAAUUUUAUCUUAAAUAGAUCGACAGAUAUAGCUAGCGAUACAUACAUACAUACACACAUACAUACAGUUGCACACACAAACACACACAUUUCGUUCAGAGUCGCUGCACAUACAAUCUUUCACACACACACAUGCAUUGGAAAAUCCAUUGACUAUUUCAGUGUGUUGCUUGCCCCUACAUGUGAUGAAAGACUCAAAUAGUGACCUCAUGAACUUUGACCUGCCACCACUUAACCUUGCCGAAGAAGAAGGUGUCCCUCGUAGCAACCACACGCAAAAAGAUGAAGUGAAACCUGUCACCAGUCACCAUUUGUUCGACGCGAUGCCUGGAGAAAAUGGUACUGUCUGGAAUGCAGCUGGGAGUAAUUCCAUAAAAGGUUUCGAUGGGCCCCCAAACUUUGGAAACAAUGCCCCAUAUGCAGAGCCAGAGAAUAGAGAUAUGCUUAACAAAGAAGUUUUCUCAAGCCAUCUGACUUUACUUGAUCUCAGCUCCAGAAAGCUGACCAUCGUUCCUAACAAUGUGAUGUCUCUGAACAACCUUGUGUACUUGUACUUGGCGAAUAACAAACUCUGCCAGCUGCCAGACCAUUUCUUCAACCACUUCCCAGCACUACAGUGGCUUGACCUUCGCUACAACAACCUCACUUCACUCCCUGGUCCGGAUAUUGACAAGAGUCACAGCUUGCAUUGUCUACUGCUGGAAGGUAACAACAUAAUGAAACUACCAAUAGAGUUAGGUUAUGUCCAUACUUUGCAUGGACUUAAUGUCAGAGACAAUCCAUUGGAGAUGCCCCCAGAACAUAUUAUAGAGCAAGGAGUUGAAGAAAUACUGAGAUACUUAAGGGAGAAAUAUCAAGAGCAAACACAAGCAUCCAAGCAAUCCAGUGAAGCUGUGGAAGAAACUGCCUUGGAAAUUGGUGUCGAAGAUGAUGGUAAGGAGCAGGAGGAGGAGGGGGAGGAGGAGGAUGUCGAGUCAAAGAGUAGGGUCCAUGAAAUUGGUCUCGAAGAGCAGCAGCAACAACAACAACAACAGCAACAAGACCUACCACAGCAGCAGGGACCAGAUCUACCACAGCAGCAGCGGCAAGAUGAAGAACAGCAGCAGCAGUUAUUUCAUCUGAGUGACCUGAAAGAGGAGACGAAUGCCAAUAUGGAGCAGAAUUCAGAGUUACAAAGUGAGAAUAUUCCAAAGAAACACAAGAAAGAUAUGAAGAAAUUUCGAGAAUAUGAAUCAAAAAUAUUGGCACGUCAAAAGAAUGCAAAGAUAGAAUACAUUUUACAGAAGAGGAAGUACGUAACUUCUUGUGCCAACUUGUACAGUGUAGAAGAUGAAGACUCACUGAAAAAAUUCAGACAGGAGACUAAACUCAAGCAAAAAUUGUUAACAGUUUCCGUGAACGAAAUCCCCAACACCACAGGUGAUGCCCCAUUUGGAGUUUAUGGGGAAUACAUGAAAAUGAUGUCCCGUGAAGAAGCUACUAAGGAACCAGUAUUGACAAAACCACUUCCAAAGCUGGUCCCAAUUGAAAUUAAAAAGCUGAUGUCUAAGGAGAAAUCGGAGAAGAUUUUGGAACUGGAGCAGAAAAUUAGGUCCCAUUAUAUCAGGAUGCAUGAGAGACGUAAAAAGCCAAAAGGGACGAUCGCUGAAGAGGUGGAAGCUACGAAAGAAUACAUGAAUAUCGCAAUAAAUUUACAGCUUGAACUUGAAGAGCAGCGCCAGAAUCUAGAGUACCGUUUCAAAGCAUUCACUGCUGACUCAUGAGUUAUCUAUGCCCGUUACUGAUAUGUUUAAAAGUUUUUGAAAAGUGUAUUGAUAAGCUUAAGAUUGUUUCUCACUUAUUUGGAGAAUUGUUAUCCAAUUCAAAUUACAACAAAAACAAACUCUUUAUAUUUAAAUUUAAAUAAAAAAUGCAUUUAAAGA